GGUAACUCUGCCUGGAGCACGAUCAAUUUUCAAUUCUAGUUUCCUGAAUCGUAAACCUUGAUGUUUUUUUUUUAGUUUUACUGAUACUGUGCUAAAAAUAUGUGCAUAAAUUUAUCAAUAUAAUUUUGUUAAAAGUGUUAUUAAAUGAUUCACAAUGAUACCUUUGCGAUCGUGAUAUUAAGAAUUGUUGUUUUAAGUGAUGCGAUAAUAUCUUUGGAGCAAGGCAGACUGGUAAAUUGAAUCAUGCCAAGAAAACUGUUGAAAUUCCUCAUCCUGUUCGAUAAUUCAUCACUAUUAUAUUUUCCUGGUCAAUUUUUAUCAGGAAGAGUACUGCUCGACUUGCAAGAAAACACCCCAGUAUUAGGUUUACAUUUUCAUGUCGUGGGUGAGUGUGUAGUGCGUGUGAGAUCUGGUCGACAUAACCGCUUUUAUGACAAGGAGAACUACAUAGACUUUAGGAUGCGAUUGUUGGGUGAUAGCGAACAUCAAGGACCAACCGUUCUUUCACCCGGAAUACAUAGCUUUCCAUUCAAACUAGGUUUACCAGUGGAUUUACCUUCAACCUUCCUGGGUCGUUACGGUUGGGUUCAAUAUUAUUGCAAAGCGGCUCUUCGUGAACCGUCGGGAUUGAUACACAAAAAUCAUCAGGUCUUUAUUGUUAUGAAUCCAAUUAAUCUGAACACUGAACAACCCUACUUAGCGGACCCUUUCAAAUGUAAUAUCGAACAUAAUCUAGGAGUAACUUGUGUGGGAGGAGGUUAUGUGAAGUGCAAGAUAAUUUUAGAUAGAGGUGGGUACGUACCUGGUGAAUCUAUAAUGAUCACAGCUGCCGUGAUAAAUUCAAGCAACGUUACCAUUAAAAGUACGAAGGCGGCACUAACUGAGACCAUACAAUACUUUGCUCAUGACAAAUUGGUACAAACGGAAAAACGAGAAUUAGCAGUAAUCGCUCGUGGGAAAAUUCGCCCAGGAUGUAGAGAUGAUUGGCAAAAUGAGUCAUUAUACGUCCCACCGCUCCCACCAACCAACCUACGAGGAUGUCACUUAAUAAGGAUACAAUAUGAUGUUUGUUUUUUGAUCGAGCCAAAAUCACUUGAAAAACAAGUUAAACUACAAUUGCCAAUUACGCUUGGAACAUAUCCAUUUAAGACUGGUGACGGAGAGGACACCAAUGAAUGGGCUGAAACUGUCUUCAAACCGGAAACGCACUACCCAUCGACACUACCAAUUUUCAGACCUUGGUUGCACGAUAAAGCUGAUCUUAAAUAAAUUUCACCGGCACGAGAUUUAGUAUUUUCAAUUUUUUAAGUGAUAGAUUAGUACAUAGUGUUAUGCAUUUUGUAGUUUAUAUUUCGGGCGAAACUAACUUAAACUAGUGCCAUAUGCACAUGUAAUCAGUUUAAUGCGCGUAAAGUAUUUUAAGUAAGUGUUCUGUAAACAUAAAUGAAUAAAGUGUAACGAAUUUCGCUUCAAUUCCAACAAAUGUUGUCACUUUGUCACAGAAAACAAGUUACUAUAUUUUGUUUUUCAAAAAGUGCCAACUGCAAAAGUUUCAAAAACAGUUUUGGGUAGAAAACUUGUUUCCCUUGCAUUGCCCAACUGGAGUCAAAAUUUAAUCCAAAUUAAAAAUGGUAUUUUUGGUACAUCGUAUUUCAAUUAUUAAACUCGAUUUGUUUCAGUGUAAAAUUUAAUGUUUCUUAUUUUUCAAUAUCGUGCCCGGGUUGGCGAUUCAAUGCUUAGGGCGCUGGUCUUACAAGCCAGUUGUCGUAUGUUCGAGUGCCGACCUGGAAGGAUUGUUAGUGUCAAUAGGAUCAUAGUACUAGCCAUGCAAUGAUUCUGUACGCUAUGAAUCGACUGCGAAGUCUGUUGAAAAAGAAAGGGUAAAUUCUACAAAAGGAAUGUAAUUGUAAGACUUAACUUUGCUUUAUUUGUUCACAAUUAUCACUCGAAAAUGUAGAGAAACUCACCCACACAAUACAUUUUCGUAGGCUAUGUCGUUUACCCAUUACUUCCAUUUAAAUCCAAUCGGUAAAGAACAAAGUUGGAGCCCUUUCGAAAGACAGUCUUGAUCAAUUUUGGAAAAACCAGGUAUGCCUCUACAUGUAUGAAGUGAUUCAACGAAAUCUGAAAAGGUGCUCCAAACACUUGUUCGAAUUAAGGUGAAAUUCGUGAAUAUAUUUGAUAAUGAAAAUAACCCAAUAAAUAAGUAAAACUCUA